GCACUUUUGGUUAAAAACUCACUGAACUCUGGACUAAAGGUGCAAUGGACUUCAUAUCAUGUUGUUGGAGGCUGAGGGCAACAAGAGAUCCUCUGUUUCCUGCUGGGGUGAGUUUCCCAGCCGAUUGGCCCGUUUACAGUGAAUCGGUCAUCAAGCUCAGCGUAUACGAUGUGAAGGAUAACCGCGAGCCGAAGAGCAGCUUCUUGGGAACUACCAGCUUCUUGGUGGCUGAUCUCAUCCAGUCCAAAGACCAACAGCUUUCUCUCAACUUAAGAUCAACAGAUGAUUCAGCUACAGUGGGGACAGUGGUGGUGAGCAGGUCGAAGAUGGGUGAGAUAGAGGAUGGAGAGGUGGACCACAUCACCGCCGACAUGCACCAGAAGUGCACGUUGGUGUAUGAAACAUCACAUGGGACAAGUAAUGACAAAGAUAAUGGACCUAUAAUGAAUGCUGUGUUUAAGAAUGCGGUUUGUAAGGUGUAUCGCUUUCAGACCGUGGACAGUAAAUGGAUGCUGGUUCGGGAGCAGAUGGCUGAGUGCACGUUGUCCUUCAGCAUCCCCAAACAGCUCAUCAGCCUCUACAUUGAGGAGGACACAUACAGGAUACAGGAGCUGAAUGAUCUGGGAGCACUUUCUCCACACUGGGACAACAUGAGAAAAGAGGUCAUCUCUCGCUAUGACCAGAUCAUCAAAGAAUACCAGCACACACUCGCAGAAAUGGAGAAACUUACCGGCCCGUUGUUCAAGCCAAGCUGCAGCAAAGGCCAGAAGUAUCUGGAGUUCAUCCCCAUCAACCUGCACACGCAGAGAAUGCGAGUGACGUGUCCAAGAAAAACAGAUUCUGUGUAUGAUGUGGUCACAGUUGGUGCUCCGGCAGCCCAUUCGCAAGGCUUCAAAAACGGAGGCUUGCAAAGACUGGUCAGCAAAUACGAAUCCGAGAAGAAGAGCUAUAGCACGGCGUAUCAGUCCAUCUACUACCCUCCAGAACAGACGGCCAGGGCCAGGGAGAUUCUGGGCACGGUGUUCCAGCUGCAGCCUCUCAUCUCUGAGCUUGCUGACCAGCUACUGCAGGUGGCCCAGCAGUGCUCCAGCCAGGCACUGAAGGACACACUCAAGAACCUAGAGGAGAAGACAGAGCAGUUUGUGCAUGCCCUGAAGGACGAGUUGGUCAAGAGUGCCCUUUUGGCCCUGCAUGCCGCCCGUCCUGGCUACGUCAGCAAAACGUCCAGUCCGUCCAGCCAACCCAAAGCCGACGCGAAUGCGAACGUGACCACAGAGCCGCACACCCUCUGCAACAACGUUGCCAGCUCUCAGACACCUCCGAAAGAAAGCAAAACGUCUCCAAUCCGCUCUGACUCCAUCCCUCACCAGACAGAGUAUGACGAGGAAGAGUGGGACAGGGUGUGGGCCGGCGUAGCCAAGAGCUUGAACUGUGUUAUCGCCGUGGUGGAGAAGAUACAAGAGUUAGAAAACAACAACCAAGAGACAGCACCUGGUCAAGCCCUUGCUGAUGUCAUCACCGCCCACAAUCCUGCUGCAGAUUUACGCGAUCAGCUGGCCGUUCUGGUUGACACUCUGAAGGAAUGCGUGAUGGAUGUGACAGAGAGAGCCAGACACUCGAUGAGCUUUGUGUUGCUCCAGGAAGCAGCGUGCAGCACCGUGCAGGGUCUUCAGCUCCAGCAAAGACGAGAUGCUGUCUUCAGCCAAGCGCUGGCUGCAUUGGUGUGUGGAUUUGUCAUGCGUUUAUACGCAGGUUUGGAGGAUAAGGGCUUUCUCAGACAGCUGCAUACGGUCGGACUGGUGGCUCAGUUUGAAAGUCUCCUCAGUACAUACAGUGAAGAAAUAGGAAUGUUAGAGGAUAUGGAGGUGGGAAUAUCUGACCUGCACAGCGUGACCUUCAAAAUCACAGAGGCAAUGUCUGAAGAAGCUGACAGCCUGCAGCCAACCGUCAGCGGUAGACGAGACCGUUACACUCUUGAGGUGCCACUCCCACAUCAUGCCUUCCAAACGUUACCCGAGGAGCUCCGAGAGGGCAAGCCGCUGCAUGUGCUUCCUGUGCUCUUCAAUGUGGGCAUAAACGAGCAGCAGACCAUCGCCGAGAGAUUCGGUGACAUAUCUUUACAGGAAAGAAUAAACCAGAAGAACUUUGAGACUCUUGAAGGUUAUUAUAAAUCCUUAACCAACACGGUACCAUCAGAAUGCUUGCCCUGUUUUCAGACACAGACCGACAUUAAAGAACUCCUUGACACCCUUGGGCAGAAUGUAGUAACUAAGAAGAGGAAGAAUGUGGAGAUUCUGUGGCUGGCAGGAAUGAUCUGUCGCCGACUGAACGGAAUCCGCUUCACCAGCUGUAAAAGUGCCAAAGACAGGACGUCCAUGUCAGUAACGCUGGAGCAGUGCUCACUACUGAGGGACGAGCACCAGCUCAAUAAAGACUACUUUGUGCGAGCUCUGGACUGCAUGCGGAGAUCCGAGCUAACCCAACUUGACCUCUGGAAUGCGUCAAAAUUCGCUGAAGUUUGCAUUUCUGGUCUAUUGCAUUCGCAUGCAUAUAAAUGGAAGUCAAUGGAAUGAAUUCUUCAAAGUAAAUACAGUUCUGUCAUGACAACUCUCGGAGGGUUUAGCAUGGUAGUGUACAUGACAUAUAAAUGUAUUUGGUCUUGGCGGAAUAGAUCUGCUACGCUGCUGCUGCUGCGGCGUUGGAACAAGUACGGAGACUUGCUACUGCCAAAACAUCCACAACAUGCUGCUGUGUGCAUAUAAGGAAUGCUGUUGCUGCACAUAUAACAUAUAUGAAUAAACCCCCAUAGUUUACGUGAUCACCUUGUAGCAGAUCUAUACAUGUGGAGCUGGGGAAGGAGGAGGGUUUAGGACCAGAACUACUCUGUCAUCAGCGUAAAAAAAAUCAUUUAAGCAGCAUUUCUGUUGUGGCCAUUCCCGUCCAGUGUCUGUUGAAUUUCAACAAAAUCAAACCUCACGCAAAAUCAAACCUCACGAGUGACAAAGUCAUUCAACAGCAAUGUGAAAGACAAGCAUCGCCUUUUGAGGUUAUCACAUAAAAAAUAGUUUUUGAACUUUUCCUAAUUACAUUUAGAAAUAUUAUUGUUGUAUUGUAUUUUCCUGCAGAUUUGUCCAGAUGCAGGUCUUAUAUUGUAGAGGGUUCAGGAGUGCAACAUUAAGGCUUAAAAGAGUCAUAUUGGAUGGCUAAAACAAACAUUAUUGUGUGCAUUUGGUGAAAUACAGUGUGUUUACGCGGUUUACAGUUAAAAAAAACUCAUUAGUUUUCAUAUACCGUGCAUUACUGCUGCUCCUCUGUGCCCUGCCUUUCUGAAACACCUCGAUUUUUAACAAAGCUCAUUGUUGUGAAAAGCGCUGUGUGCUUUGAUUGGCCAGCUACCCCGGUGCGUUGUGAUUUGCCGAAUACCUCAAGCAUCUGGCGGAAAUGUAACGCCCCUUACCAUAUUCGGAACAUCAGCCUUCAAAGCAUAUUGACAGCUGAUAAUGUCACCUGUACCGUGUGAGUACAAGCCCGAAUAUGAUCCAGAAAAUGCGUUUGACCAAGCGGAUUAAUCAACUUUGCCAGCAGACCGUAACAGAUUGGUAAAGGCGGGCGUACACGGUGCGAUUUUUGCUGUUGUAUGAGCUCGCAGGUGAUUUUUUUCCAAUCACGAGGAAAUCGGUGAUGUUCGUAUGGUCGCGGCUUGUAUUUUGUGCGAGGAAUUACGAGUCGAGUAGAGUGCCUUAAGAUCACUUCCCGACCUCCCGAUCAUUUUUAAACAUGUCGAAAAAGUUCGGGAGCUAUCGGAUUGAAACCAUGACAUGUAUGCUGUUGAACAAGCCGAUUUGUUGAUCUAUCUGAAAUCGACCAAUCAGGAGUUACUAUUUGCACAACUAUGAUUUAUAUGAUAUCUUCCGUGACCACAUCAAAACAUGCACAAACAGAUACGUUAUUACCUCAAGUUGUUUUUGAAGAACAGAAAGUCCAUGCUGUUCUCUGCUCUUCAAACGAAUUCUUUGCCAUGCCCUUUUUUAUUUUCUUUUUUAUUCUUUCGCAAGCCAUUGCUGCCACAAAGAAAGCAAUCUCUUCUUCUGACUCCAUGUUUUUGGCGCAGAACUUCGUGCGAUUGCUUGGGAAAUCGGCAGGUCGUACAAUCGUGUCAUGUAUCACUGCCUCCAUACACUUCUCAGUUUUUACUCACUCGUGACGUGUGCGUGGACAUACGGUCUUCCGACCAUCAGAAUUCGCACCGUGUACGCCCGGCUUAAGGUUUUAUUUUUAAAAACUAUUAGGUUUAACAAUUAGCUAACUAUAGCUAACUUCUUGAGCUGCCUUUGAUGCUGUGUCUCGACGCAACGCGACAAAGUCAAUAAAACAUUAUAACGAGGCAUUUGUUGCAUCCAGUGGGGACAUAGUUACUGAAUAUCAUGACUUAUAUUGACUUUUUUCGUGUAGCAUCACGCUGCAGGGUAGAACAGCCAGUGGAUACAAGGCGGAAUCCAGCUCCCGAUGGAUUCAGCCUCAUAAAUAUAAAAAAAUUCUGCAUUUAUGAUCGUAGGACCGUCAAAAAGUUUUCGUUUGAAUAGUCAGUUGCAAAUUCUUUAAUAAUGAAAACAUACUUACAGGCUGUGAGUGAGAAACGGCAGACUGUCCUUAAAAGUUAGAUUUGCCCCACUUUUUAGAAACAGCCUUUGUGCACAACCAGGUGUUAAUGUGAGGCACACACUCGGAUUUUGGAGUUGUGCUGUUUUGGAACAGUGUUGUAAAUGAAAGUUUAACCACCUAUUGCUAAUUGUGUCCUCGUUUGGAAGACCCAACGAAGUAGUUUUGCAUUUGUAAUGAAACACACAGCGUCUCCACGACAUGGUGGCAGCAACAACAACACUACAGCGGGAAUAGACACGCCUUCUUUCUUUGCCUAUACAUUUUGGGCGGAGUUCUUCAGCGCUUCUCACGAACUGACGUAGAAAUGUGGGGAUGUGUUUAAACGAGGGGUUUUAGGCAGGUUUGGAUGAGCCUCCGCUUUUAAAUAAAACAUCUCUUUUGGUUUAAGACUUUUAAUAUUACAAUUUUACGUGUCUAAUAUAUGCAUGAACAACUUGUAACACACCAAAGAUACAGGGAAACACAAAAUCGCGUCAUAUGACUCCUUUAAAAAUGAAGCCUGUGUAGGCAGCUUACUAAGUUUUGAAAAGGGCCUUUGAAGCAGUCUGGAAGAAAUCCAAGCAUAACCGAUGGCUGAACUCCUACAGAAGCAAAAUACGUGACAUGUAUUUCCUGUUCACGCCUGAAGAGCCACACAGUGGUCCUUUUGUCAGUGAUACUGUGGAUCCUUUGUGGAGUCAUAUACUGUACAAGCAGAAUAGAUUGUGAUCACAUGAUCAGCGUGGAACAGUUGCAAAGUUUCAGUGACAGCUGCACAUUUUUAAACCCCCUCGAGACCAUGUGGAGCAAUAGUAAGUUUAGCUUUUAGCAUUCAGUCCACACAUCGUGUGCUUGGUUACCAAAAAUUGUGAGCUUUGUAAAGUGUCACUCCUGAAGAAGAAUAUUCUAGAAGGUAGCCAGCAUUUUUUAAGAUGAAUAUCUUCCCAUAAUGCAUUGCGACACGUUUAGUAAACAAAAACUUUUUUGUAUGAGUUCAAAAUGUAAUUAAUUUAAAGUUAAGUCUAUAUUAUUAUUAUCAAGUCUAUAUUAAAGGAACAGUUCACCCAAAAAUGGAAAUUCUGUCAUCAUUCUGUGAGACGUUUUCAAAGUGGGGGUCAAAUUUCUUUGUAAAUUUCUUUGUUCUGAUCAACACAAAAGAAGAAAGCAAACAGUUCUGGGGCACUUUUGGCAACCAUUGUCAUUUUUCCUACUAUGGUAAUCAAUGGUGGCUACAAGCAAUCUUCCAAAUAUCUUUCUCUGUGUUCAUCAGAACAAAGAAAUGAAUACAGAUUUGGAACAACAGAAUUUUCAUUUUAGGGUGAAGUAUCCUUAAAGUCUGUAAGUUUUGCCUCUAUGUUGCCAUCUCUGUUUGAAACAUAAAAUUGCAGGUGCUCGUCUUUAUGCAUAUUAAAAUCAAAUAACAUCAAAAUAAUAUUUCUCUUAAUUCCCUUAAUCGUGAUUAAGUAGAUGAAGAUGCUUUUGUUGAGAAGUGUAGGAGGUUUAGCUUUUGAGAAAAGUUGAUCUCUGUGGGCUUUUCAUAAUCGCACUGUUGAAAAGGAAGUUGACAAUUAACUAUGACAAGUUCCAGAAUUUUGAGCAAACUUAAUUGGUGACAUCCCACUAGACUCCCGUACAACCCUAUGUCAGACUGUGCAGAUGAUUUUUGCUAAAAUCUUGCCAAUUCGACUCAACUGUGGCUAGAAAAACUAGAUGUGUGUGUACCCAAAGCCCUACGCUGGGAACCCUGCCUGCUCAGGGUGGCACAAAGCAUACUUGCAUGCAACAUAGAUACGUACAAGCACAGGAUGUAAUUAAAAGUUUACAAGUGUGCUGGAUUUUAUUGGUUGAGGAUUCCAAAAUGUUGACAGGUGUUGGUGAACUUGAAGGCCUUGGCUUCAAUUGCUUUUUUCAGUUACUCAAUUCAAAGAAAUCAGUUGGGAGGUCCUAACAAAUAGAUGACACAUUUCUAUGGCAUUUGAUGGAAAGUAUCCCAUGGAAAUAUGUCCCAUAGAGAUUAACAGAUGAUAGAAGUAAGUGCUUUUUGCGUUGACUGCCAACUUCUAUACCCUGCCAAUCGGACCUCAAAGUAAGCCUUCAUAACCACAUAUCAUUAAUAAAUGAAUUAUUUAUAAAACUCCUUCCCAUUACCCACUGAAUAGCAUUGCUCUUUUACAUUCAUUUCAAUACAAUGCCAAAUAGUUGUAAUCAAAUGGGUCACGAAACCAUAUAAGUAUAAUAUAUCAAGGUAUAGUUAAGUACUUUUGAGAAAUGUGAUCAUUGACCUACUUUCAUACACUAUUUUUUCAUGCUUGUCACAGCAGGCUGAAUGUGUGUGUGCUCGAAUGCGUCUGCUUAAUGUAAACAAACUGGAAUCAAAACACAAUAGCAUUGUUUUAAAGAUAAAGGCAGGGAUUUGAGAACUUUUCAAGGGUUUAAGACUCAUCCGUUUAUUUGCUGAUGAAAGUAAUGUCUUAUUAUCAUGUCAACGAUUCGAUAUCAUGAUGCAUCACAAUGCGUUGCAUCCUCAGACUGUCGCAGCUCUUUCUCGUCUAACCCCCAAAUUCAAACUACACUCCAGAAGCAUGCGCUUCUUUCAUAACACGAGUAGAGCGCUUAGAGAUGCAGUGUGGUGUCUUUUAUGUGUUGAUUGAGUGCUUGACAUCUUAAACAACUUCCAACAGCGGUUGAAGUUUAGAAAUAUAUGAAAAUGGAAGUUGCUCGGUGGCUUUGGUCAGGGUCACUGAGUGCAGCUAAGACACGUAAGAGGAGAUCUGGCCCUCCCGGCUGAGCCUGGUUUCUCCCGAGGUUUUUUUUUCUCCAUUAUUCAUCAUUGGAGUUUGGGUUCCUCGCCACAGCAGAGCAGUGCAGUGUUGGCUUGCUCACCGGGAGACUGCAUUUAUUUGUUUAUUCAUUUAUUUAUUAGAUAUGAUUUAUUAUAAUGAUCUUGCUUGGUCUAUAAACACCAUGCACUGUGCUGUGUUUUACCUUUCUGUGUUUUUCUUAUUUGCUCCUGUAAAGCUGCUUUGGAACAAUGCACAUUGUGAAAAGCGCUAUAUAAAUAAAAUUGAAUUGAAUUGAAUUGAAUUGAAAAUGCGCUUUAUUUACACGCAGCCUUCUGUGCGUGUGCACUUACUCACCUCACCUUAUCGAGAGAGAGGCGCAACCCCUGCUCAUGCUCAAUUUACAGUCUGAAAGAUGCAUUUAUAUGGUUUAUGUCAAAAGCAACGUUUUAAAUAUGAUAAGACAUAACAUAUUUACAAUAAAGCAGAUUUUUUUAAUAAUCGACUUUUCAACAGCCCUGUAUAGACCUACUUUCAUGAUAAUUGAGCAAAUUCUCCCCACAUUUGGCAUUGUGAUAAAAAUAGACCCUAUUCUUGCAACGUUAAUGUGAAAUUAAAUGUGACGUGAGAGGCUUCACCUCAUGAGCUGUCAGUUUGUUAUGUUUGGAGAAGGGAGGGCUGUUGAUGUCAGGGUUUGAUUUCACAUAGCUAAACCGGUUUAGUUGAGUUUAAAACCAAAGCAGUUCAGAAAUUUAAUCUGACGCACGUGGUGCUAAAGUUGGAUCUGUGUCAACGUGUGUGACGUCAGCUCAAUUGUGAAAAAAAGAUAAAGUAACUUUUCAUUGUAACAAACACCUUUUCAUUUCUUUUCAAAAGAACGCCGCCUUAGAAAAAUGACGCUUGCUGCUUUUGGAAUCCAGAAGCAGGUGGAAGAUUAGCCUUGGCUUACUGUUUUCACUUAUAAAGUGACUCUCUAUGCAUAUACAAGGUUGCCAUUGUCACGGAAAUAAUACAAUUUAUUUUCCACAUCUGUAAACAUUCAACUCUGUGAUUACAUUCUUGAAUAAAGUUACAGAUUUCCAAACUGAUUUUUGAAGGGUUAAUCUUGCUAGAACCCACACCUCUAUUAUCUGUUGACCUGCAUUACAACUUUCUUCACAUCUUUCAUGUUCUGCUCAAAUUCUCCCUAGUGUUUGAAAUCCAUUCAUUCUUUAUCCUUUGACAUGUUAGUUGUUUUCUGGGCAUUCACAGACCCAUUCCUGUUCAGUGUGUAUGUGUGUCCUCUAAACUAUAGUGUUCUUCUAAACUAGUGUCUUGACAAACUAUUUGACUAACUUUUGCUGUUUGUGUGUGCUUUUUCUCUCUCAUU